CUUUUUCUUGUUAUUGUUUUGAAUUUUUGUUGGUUUCACUUUUAGAUUGGAUUGUUGUUUAAUUGUUCAACUCAAUUUUCUCUGAUUGACUUUUAAUUGAAAACUUUAACUCUAGUGAAAUGCCUAAAGUUCGUGUUCGUGGUAAUCCACCUGAAGGAUGGGAAUUGAUUGAACCAACACUGGAAGAAUUGGAAGGUAAAAUGAGGGAAGCUGAAAGGGAAUCACAUGAAGGUAAACGUCGAGUUGAAAGUCUUUGGCCAAUAUUUAAAAUUCACAAUCAACGGAAUCGAUUCCUUUAUGAUUUAUACUAUAAGAGAAAAGACAUUUCCAAGGAGCUUUAUGAUUUCUGUGUUAAACAAAAACUGGCUGAUCAAGCGUUAAUUGCUAAAUGGAAAAAGCCUGGUUAUGAAAAUCUUUGUUGUUUACGUUGUAUUCAAGUUAAAGAUACAAAUUUCGGGACUAAUUGUAUCUGCCGAGUACCAAAGGAUAAAUUGGAUGAAAGUCGACCAGUUCAGUGUAAUAAUUGUGGUUGUCGAGGUUGUUCCGGGUAAAGAAAUGUCAACCCUGAAACAAUGUUUUCUUAAAUGAAUUUCGUGUCAUCUAAUUCACUGGUAAACUUUGUGUAUAAAUUGUAUUCUGACUUACAAAUUUCACUCAUCACCAUUAAAUUUUUGGCUAAAUUAACUAUA